UAUAACUCGGUGACUCACCGCUGUAAGUUGUUCUCUAACUGGUUAGCUAAAUAUCCAGGUCUCUCUGGAACGCCACGUUCGAGAGACGACGACCCAAGAAUUCAACACCAAACUCCAUACCCAAGCCACGUUUCCUCUUUCUCUCUCUCUCCUUUCCUAUUUAUUUCUCCUCUGCGCCUGAAAUUUAAGUUCUUCCCUUCCUAUCAGUGCUUCACUUAACAAGAAUUUCCAGGGAGGAGGGAAAGUUGAAAAAUGGGGGAUGAAAGGGGUUCCUCACACGUGUCAGACAGUAACAGUCUUGAUCACCACGACAACGAUGAUCAGAGCCGUACGCUGGACAUAUACCCUCUUAGCAGCUACUACUUUGCUUCCAAGGAAGCCAUUCCUGUCAAGGACGAAACUCCAGCUGAUCGUCUUCACCGAUUGAAGUCCAAUUAUGCUGCUUAUGGAUUGAGGACUUGUGUGGAAGCAGUUAUUCUGGUUGAGUUGUUCAAACAUCCUCAUGUGCUGCUCUUGCAAAUAAGAAACUGCAUUUUUAAGCUUCCCGGGGGUCGCUUAAGACCUGGCGAAUCAGAGAUCGACGGAUUGAAACGUAAGCUGUCGAGGAAGCUUUGUAUCAAUGCAGAUGGUGAUGGGAUUCCUUGGGAGGUUGGGGAGUGUCUUGGGGUAUGGUGGAGGCACGACUUCGAAACAUUGCUCUGUCGAGACUUGCCGCCUCGAGUUGAAAACCCAAAGGAGUGCACCAAACUAUUCAUCGUGAAGUUACCAGAUUGUCGGAAGUUCAUUGCGCCAAAAAACCAAAAAUUGCUCGCUAUUCCCUUGUGCCAGAUCGCCAAAAACAACGAGACGUAUGGACCUGUUAUAUCAGGUGUUCCGGAUAUGCUAUCAACGUUUACCAUCAACAUUAUAGAUGAUUAAGAUCGUUUUGAUCGCCAUUGUAGAGCAUGCGGUGUGGUUUGCAGACAAGGAUUAGGAGUAAAAAUGUGUGUUGGAGAAAGUUGUUCCCUAGGAAGCUAGCUUUCUCUCUGUAAAUUUUGACAAACGUUUGUGUAUGUAUUUCGUGUGUAGAUUUCGUAAAGGAGCAGAGGUGUUGAAGACACCAAUAUAAAUGAUAAUUGUUAUGUUUGGCCUGA